AAUGACGCAGCCGUGACGGUGGGAUAAAAGCAUGAGAAGCAGCUCCGCGGAUACGUCUUCUGCUCCUCCACCUGCGGACAUGUCGGGCGGCAGGAAUUGUUCCGAGCCGGGGCUGAGCAGCGGUCCCGGACCCGGACCUUCGGGGGGAAGGUCCAUCGACCCUUUGAGAAACCUGGGAGUUCAGGAGGAUGAAGAUGUGAAGCAGAUGUUGCAGGGCUCCAGUAUGGUCAAGGUCCGCUCGCCUCGCUGGCAGAAGAAACGAAUGCUGAAACUAAAGGAAGAUGGCGUCACUGUCUGGUGUCAGUCCCACAAAAUGUCCAGCUGGGCCAAAGAGCAGAAGUCCUUCAAUGUUAUGGAUGUGGAGUGCAUUCAAGAGGGCUGCCAGUCAGAGACACUACGGCGCAUGGCUGGCUCAGUUCCUGAGGACCAGUGUUUAACAGUGGUCUUCAAAGGGUCUCGCAAGAGCCUGGAUCUGCUCUGUGAAAGCCAGGAAGAGGCUCGGCACUGGGUCCGUGGCAUUCACACCCUGCAGGAGAGGCUGAAGAACAUGAACCAAAAGGAUAAACUUGACCAUUGGAUUCGUACUUAUCUGAGUAAGGCUGACCAGAAUCACGAUAACAAGAUGAGUUAUGAAGAGGUCCAAAAGCUGCUGCAGAUGAUUAACGUUGACCUGAGUGAUCAGUAUGCUCGCACUCUUUUUCAGAAAUGUGAUCAGUCAGCUGAUGGUCAUCUGGAUCAUGAAGAAAUUGAAAUAUUCUGCAGAGAGUUGCUUCGGAGACCAGAACUGGACGCCAUAUUCAUUCAGUACUCUGCAAACGGCUGCGUGCUCACCACUGUGGACCUGAGGGAUUUCCUCAAGGACCAGGGGGAAGAUUCUUCACUCACACAUGCUCAAAGCCUCAUACUCACCUAUGAGCUCAAUGAGUGGGCCAAGAGAAACCAGUUCAUGACCCCCAACGGUUUCACCAUGUACAUGCUGUCUAGGGAGAACAGUGUGUUUGACCCGGAACAUGCACUGGUUUACCAAGACAUGAAACACCCACUGGCACACUACUUUAUCUCCUCCUCCCACAACACCUACCUUACCAAGGACCAGGUGACUGGUAACAGCAGCAUAGAGCCAUACAUACGAGCUUUGAAUCAGGGCUGUCGUUGUGUAGAGCUUGACUGCUGGGAUGGUGAUAAAGGUGAACCUGUCAUCUAUCACGGUCACACAUUCACCUCCAAAGUGGACUUUGUGGACGUUAUUGAGACAAUCAAUGAGUACGCUUUUAAAGCAUCUCCAUACCCUCUCAUCCUUUCCCUGGAGAACCACUGCUCCCGUGAGCAGCAGAUGGUGAUGGCUCGACACCUGCGAUCCAUUCUGGGUGACAAGCUGGUCACUAAGCCCCUCAAAGGCCUGGAUUCCUGCUACCUGCCGUCCCCAGAGGAUCUAAAGGGUAGGAUCCUGGUGAAAGGGAAGAAGGGGAAGACACAGGAGCAAUGCUCAUCUAGUUCCUCAGACCUCAGCUCCUCGGAAGAGGAGGCCAGUCAGAAGCAAGCAAAACCCAAGACAAACGAGGAAGACAAGCCAGGUGUAUCCAGACGGAGUCCAGAGUUGUCUGAGCUGGUGGUCUACACUCGCAGUGUUCCCUUUAAAAGCUUUGAGCUUUCUGCCAAAAGUCCAGCGACUGACAUGUCUUCAUUCCCUGAGAGCGUUGCGCUCAGGCUCAUCAAGGAUUCAGGGAUGCAUUUCAUCCGUCACAACAGUCACCAGCUGAGCAGGAUCUACCCCUCAAGUCAGCGCCUUGGUUCAUCCAACUACAACCCUCAGGAGAUGUGGAACGCCGGCUGUCAGAUUGUUGCUCUGAACUUCCAGACACCUGGUGAGCAGAUGGACUUGAACCAGGGUAGGUUUCGGCAGAACGGCCUCUGUGGAUAUGUUCUGAAGCCUCCGUUCAUGUGCCAGCCUGACAGCGUCUUCAAUCCGGAGAAUGUGGGAGGAGGCCCUGGCCAUAGACCUGUCAAGUUCACUGUUCAGAUUAUUUCAGCUCAGCAGCUCCCGAAACCAGAGUGGGACAAGCCCACUUCCAUUGUGGAUCCUCAAGUAAGAGUGGAGAUCCAUGGAGUUCCCAUUGACAAUAUGAAGAAGGAAACUCCUUAUGUGGGGAAUAACGGCUUUAACCCGCGAUGGGACUGCACCUUUAACUUCAUGGUCCAUGCGCCAGACCUGGCUCUGGUCCGGUUUGUGGUCGAGGAUCACGACUUCACCUCCAGCAACGACUUCCUGGGACAGUACACUCUACCGUUCAGCAGCCUGCGUACAGGUUACCGACACGUCCCGCUCUUGAAGCUGGAUGGGUCCAGCCUGUCACCAGCCUCCUUAUUCAUCCACGUAAAGGUUACGCCAUGUUAGGAUGGUCCAUCCAAAUCCUCAUCAGCUCCAGAUGUUCCACCAUGGUGGCUUUUAUCUGCUGGAUCAAACCCUCAAAGCCAUCCCAGGUCCUUAAACCACUGAGCUGAUCAGGAGCAGAGAGGCAGCUGUUUCCUCAGUCAUUAAGUCUGGUUUGAUGCAUGCUGAUGAAGAAAGGAGCCCUGGGACUGAUGACAGAACCGUGUCACAUGGUUUACCUGCAGUCUGAGGACACAAACAUGUUAAAUCAACCACUCACCUGACCCUGAGGAUCAGGCAGAUUAUGUACCUGGUCACAGCACGGCGGGCAUUACAGAUGUUUCUACGUCAGCAGGGUGGUGAACAUCUUCAGUUCUGACACUUUUAAUUCUUUAAAUAUAUUAUUUAUGUUAGACAGGAAUUCCCUCGUUUCUAGGACAGAUGUGGUUUAUAAAGCAGGAACUGCUGCAACCGUGUGUGUGCAGGCUGGAUAAUUAGUUUGAGUUAGCAAAUGUUUAUUAGUAGAGUUGUAGUCAGGAUUCUAUACAAGAGUGAGGCUCUGCUCGUUUAUGCACCUGAUCUAUCAGUCUGUGACUCUGACCAACCUGCUUAGUUUCAUGUUUAGUUAGAGUCUGCUGAUCUCUGAUGGCCCUGGUGGACAGGUGUGUGAAGGCUUACAUGUUGAUGGGAUGCUAGGACCUUAUUACUGUAACAGAAGUUUUCUCUGCUGACAUCAUCAGGUCAGCGGCUUUAGAGCUAUCGUAUUUGGAGUUAACUGACAUGUUCUGUGUUCAUAAUCUGUGAAAAGCAGCAGCUCAGAGAAGUUUCCUCCCCAGCAUCCAGACUGAUGAUAAACGCGUAAUCUCAUUCAAUCCAGUUUAUUUCUAUAGCGCCACAUCAGGACCAGAGUUGUCUCAAGGACACAUAAUAAACAUCCCAAUACAGGUCAGGUCAUUAAGCCAAUCAGAAGAAAGUUUCCUAUAUAAGGAACCCAGCAGGUUGCAUCAAGUCACUGACUAGUGUCUUUGCGGUAAAAUCGGCCACCGGGCCAGUUUUAAUAUAUUUUUGAUAUUUAUCUCGCGGGCCACAUAAAAAUGCUCCGUGGGCCGCUUCUGGCCCGCGGGCCUUGUGUCUGACACAUGUGAUAUAAUCCCUGUCUUGUCUCUGUGUUGUGUCGGUCCAUUAUUGUUGUCAGCGUUGUUCGUGCUCUAUGUGACCUUUAUGUCUCCAGGUUUUGGUGCUCUAAGUGAGCUUUUGGUGUCCUGAGUUCCAGGACUUUUGGAUUUUUGGCUCGCUGCCUUUUUGGAUUUAUUUUUGUUUCAUCCUGCAAUAAAAGGAUUUUUACUUUGUAUCAA